AUGCCGCACCCGCGCAUGCCUGCCCUUAUCACUCAGGCCCUAAUCACCGGUGGGGCCUUCCACUAUCUCCUAUCAGCCAGCGAAGAUAGAGGAGACACGAUGACAAGGAUAUAUUCCAAUGACAGCUCGAUUAGAUAUAAAUUAGGCCAAACAGCUGACAGCAACAGGCAUCUACACCACUAUCACACUGUCACACCUGACAGCUGUUCUAGUCUGUAUCGGAUCCCGCCGGCUUAA